AUCCAUAAUAGGCUAGAGCAUAGAUCUAGCACUAAUGUGUAAUUCCACCCCUAAUUUGUUCCGGUCUCCUAGGGUUCUAUUCUAACAAAGAUGGCAGCGAUACUCAGUGAGGACCUGAUAGUGGAAAUUCUAACAUGGGUUCCAGUGAAAUCUCUGAUGCGUUUCAGGUGCGUUUCCAAGUCUUGGAAUUCCCUCAUCUUCCAUCCCGCAUUCGUCAAAUUGCACCUUCAAAAUCAAAGGGCUUCCAAAAACACCCACCUCCUAUUAAGGUGCCGCCGAGAUAGCAUGCUUAAUCUGUCUGACGAAUUCAUCGGACCCUGUUCUAUUCACGGUUUACUUGAGAACCCAUCAUCCACUGUUGAUGAUGCUUGCCACCAAUUACACCCCGGAUACUUUUUCAUAGGUUCCUGCAAUGGCUUGGUUUCCUUGCUUUAUCAUUCUCGUUCUCUUGUUAGACAUGGAUCCAUAGAAUACCGGGUCCGGUUUUGGAACCCGGCCACAAGGAUCAUGUCCCUAAAUUUGUCUCACUUAACUUUCCAUUCAUCCCAGGAUCAUGAUCCUGGCUUUGGGUUUGGUUACGAUGAUUUGAGUGACACUUACAAGGUGGUGCUUCUCCUUUUGGACAUUAAAACAAACAAUUGGGAGGUGAGAGUUCACUGCUUGGGUGACACUGACACUUGUUGGAGAAAUACUGUAACUGUAACUUGCCCUGAUUUCCCACUUUGGGGAGGACGCGAUGGAAAGCUUGUGAGUGGCACUCUUAACUGGUUAGCAGUUCGCUGGGAAACCGAUACCGUGAAUCAGUUGGUAAUUUUUUCGUAUGAUCUAAACAUGGAGACAUAUAAGUAUUUGUUGUUGCCUGGUGGUCUUUCUGAACAUGCUGAUAACCCUAGUCUUGGGGUUUUGAAGGGUUGCCUGUGUCUUUAUCAUGGUCAGGAGCAAGUCAGAACCCGUUUUGUUGUUUGGCUAAUGAGGGAAUUUGGAGUUGAAAACUCUUGGACUCCGUGGCUGAAUAUGAGUUUUGAGCUUGUUCAACUCUUUCCACCUUGGCAAUUAUUGGCAGCGCCUUUGUGUAUGUUUGAAAAUGAUGAUGUCAUGUUGCUGGCAAACUACCCGCGUUCCCAAUACAUUUUCUAUAAUCGGAGAGAUAAUAGAAUAGUCCGUACUGAAGAUUUCAACGACAAAGUGCCGCUGUUCUCCCAUGAUGAUUAUGUUCAAAGCUUGGUUCUACCCUAUCGAAAUUAAGCUACCCUACAUUUCCUUGCAUGAAUUUAUGUUAAAUUGCGUAAGUGAUUUCAGAACCUUGCUAUUUAAUGUAUCCACAGGACAGAGAGUGUGAAUAAUUUUGGUGGUUCCUUAGUUUAAUUGAUUCUAUUUCUAUUGGCAAUUGCUAAUUGUGUGUGUCUGCUUUGGUUUUGGCUGAAUUUCCUUUUCCUGGUUGAUGCCUUGUUCUCAUCUCCAAUGAGGCAAGGGAAGUAUUUGGUGUUCCACUUGAAGUGUGUUUAGAGAGUAGAUACUCAUUGACAUAAUGACUGAAGCUGAAAUCCACUGAAAAGGCCUAUGUCACUGACAGUAACACUGUAUUGUAUAACUGUAUAAGUUAUACAUGUCAUGUGGCUAAUUUGUACUCAAUUAUGACUGUUGCCCUUUUGAGUUUUGACAACAAUGAAACAAUGUAUUUUCCUUAUUAUGGUGCAAAGUACUUUCUUUGUUUUACAAAGUUAAA